CCCGUAAAAUUGUGAUUCUUGAUUUUUGAUCAUAGUAUCCAUAUGGGGUUUGAAAAAGAUAAAGCAAGUUCAUCCUCUCAUGUUUUACAAAUCCCAAGAGAAGAUACACCAUUAUUAUCCAAGAAUCAUCAACAUCUUUCUUCACCUUCAAAGACAUUUGCUAAUGUAUUCAUAGCCAUAGUUGGAGCAGGGGUUCUUGGUCUUCCAUAUACAUUCAAGAGAACAGGAUGGGUAAUGGGUGCUCUUAUGUUAUUUACAGUUGCAUUUUUAACUUACCAUUGUAUGAUGCUUCUUGUUUAUUCUAGAAGAAAAAUUGAAUCCCAUCUCAAGAUUUCACAAAUUUCAUCUUUUGGUGAUUUGGGGUUUGCUGUUUGUGGACCUUUUGGUAGGUUUGCUGUUGAUGCUAUGAUUGUUCUGUCACAAGCUGGUUUUUGUAUUAGUUACAUAAUUUUCAUAGCAAAUACUUUAGCAUAUUGUUUUAAUUACUCUAAAACUAAUCCAAAUCCUAAAAUCUUUGGGUUUCCACCUAAAGCUGUGUAUAUUUGGAGCUGUUUCCCUUUCCAGUUGGGAUUGAAUUCAAUUCCUACUCUUACCCUUUUAGCCCCUUUGAGUAUUUUUGCUGAUGUUGUUGAAUUAGGAGCUAUGGGGGUUGUGAUGGUUAAAGAUGUGAUGAUUUAUGUAAAGAGUAGUCAUGUUCUUGAAGCUUUUGGUGGAUUUAGUGUGUUUUUCUAUGGUCUUGGUGUAGCUGUUUAUGCUUUUGAAGGUGUUGGAAUGGUAUUGCCUUUGGAAGCUGAGACAAAAGAUAAGGCAAAAUUUGGGAAAAUCUUGGGCUUUUCAAUGGCUUUGAUAUCUCUAAUGUAUGGUGCUUUUGGUGUAUUGGGAUAUUUCGCUUUUGGUGAAGAUACAAAGGAUAUAAUUACGACGAAUCUUGGACAAGGAUUGCUUAGCAGCCUAGUUCAAAUUGGUCUUUGCAUAAACUUGUUCUUUACUUUCCCUCUGAUGAUGAAUCCAGUUUACGAAGUAGUUGAAAGGAGGUUUUGUGAAGGGAGGUACUGUGUUUGGAUAAGAUGGAUUAUGGUUUUGUUAGUGACGAUUGUGGCGUUGUUUGUGCCAAAUUUUGCUGAUUUCUUGUCAUUGGUUGGGAGUAGUGUGUGCAUAAUUCUUGGCUUUGUGUUGCCUGCUUUGUUUCAUCUGAUUGUGUUCAAAGAUGAGCUAAGAUGGCAUAGUUUGGCUUGUGAUGGUGCAAUUAUUGUAGUGGCUGCUGUUUUUUCAGUCUAUGGAACCUACUCUUCAUUGCUGGAGAUAUUUGUUGGAGCCAAGGAAUAAAUUGUUUGUCUUCCUUUUUAAUGUACAAGUUCAAGAGAAAGUUAAGUGUGUUUGGGCGAGAGUAUACUAAGAUGGCCGACCCUCGGAAGUCCUUGUGUUGCAUCCCUCAGUCUCUCUACUUUCACUAGGUAGGGGUAAGGUUUGCAUACACCAAACCCCACCUGUGAUAUUGCUAUGGAUAUAUUAUUAUUGUUGUUGUUUAUCACGCAUUAUGGUUGUCCGUUUAUUUUUCGUCCUUCCUACCAUUUGUAAAUUUGCUUCCAUGUAAGGCCAUUGAUAAUAGGCUUGGUACAACUAUGGAGGUUGUGUGAGGAAGAUGAUCAUGUCUACUUAGUAUUCACAUUGCAAAUGGUCAUAAUUUGCUCAAAUGGCCAUUUGGUUCUCUUCUUAGUACUAUUUAUAUAAUAAUACUAUAUUAUGUUUUGAGAA